AUGAAGUCAAUCGUCCCCAUUUUCUGUGUCAUCGCCCCGAGUCUUCUCGGAACAGCGUCUGCGUCCACAAAUAGCACAUUAGAUGCACUUGUCCUGGCUUCCACGGACAACAUACAGGCAAUUUUAACAGAGAGGUCCUCUUGGAAUGUGUCGAAAACUUGUACAGCCGAGAAUGUGGCCGUGCGAAAAGAAUGGUCAACCUUAACCUCCUUGGAGAAACUGGACUACAUCGAUGCCGUCAAAUGCCUUAUGAAUACCAAGCCCAUCACUCCUCUAUCUGCAGCACCAGGGGUUCGUAGCCGCUUUGAUGACUUUGGCGCUCUACACGUAAAUAAGACAUCCAUAAUCCACUGGACAAGCUACUUUUUUACGUGGCAUCGGUAUUAUACCUGGCUUUAUGAAAGCGCCCUCCGUGAUGAAUGUGGCUAUAAUGGGACACAGCCAUACUGGGACUGGUCCAGUACCGACACUAUUGCUAAGCACCCAUUAUUCGACGGGACUGCCACCUCCAUAUCCGGCAACGGCGCCCCGGCGAACCAUACGUCCAUCAUCUACCUCCCUACUCCGGAUAUCAUUAACUCAACGCUGCCAUCGGGCUCGGGUGGUGGCUGCCUUACGUCAGGACCCUUUGCCAACUUUACCGUCACCCUUGGUCCUCACGGCGCCCCGCUUAACGACGGUCUGCAGCUCAAUGAGCGCUGCCUUACGCGGGAUUUUCGCGACUGGUACCUCCAAGAGUAUCUGUCGUACGAUAAUGUUACAACAGCCAUAGUCCAGCCUGACCUGCAGAGCUAUAGCAACGUCAUGGGGUCCACGUACGGCGGCUUACACGACGGCGGCCAUCAGAGCAUCGGAGGCCUACAGGACGACUUGUGGGCCAGCUCUCAGGAUCCGUAUUUCUUCUUUCACCACGCCCAGAUUGAUCGUAUCUGGAGCCUCUGGCAGGGCCUCGGCCAGGAUAUCAGGACUAAGCAGGUCUCCGAUACUAUAACGAUCAGAAAUUUGCCUCCAUCUGCCAAUGGCACUUUAGAAACCGUUGUCGAUAUGGGCUUCUUGGCUGAGGCAAAGACGAUUGGUGAAUUGAGCUCUACCAUUGACGGACCUUUCUGUUAUGUAUACGCUUAG